AUGGGCAGAUUCGGUCGUUCGAGACAAUUAUCCCAGCACCCAAUCGGAUGGCAUCAUGCCUACUGCUUAUGGCAAUACGGGUGCCUGCUGCCCCGUGUUGUUGUUGCUGUUGUUAUCCUCUCACACCAUAGUUUUCCCCGUAGCGCUUAUGAGCACCAACAAGGGAUGGCAUCGGGAUUUGACACGGCUGUGCCUGGGGUAUCUGUCAGGGUUUCACCUCCGUCCGGAGUAACUCAUGACCCCAACCACGUGACAGCUGAAUCCGGCGUCGUGACUUGGGGGAGGAGAGGGAUCCACUCUCGCACAAUUAUGGCACAUAACGACGGGCAAACAUUCUACCGGGAAGGAGUAAAUGCCGACGUACGGAGGGGGAAAGGGAAAACAAUGGGGCUAUCGGGGGGGAGUAUUGUACUCCGUCCACCGGAAAUCAACCCCCAGAAAUCAGGGCUAGUAGGGAAGCCGCCAGUCAGGACGGCUCAGACCACCACGGGAUUCGGGAUAGACUCGGCAAGACCAGGACUCGGGACGGACAUGCCGAUGGAUGGGAAAAUUGCCUCAGCCGGGGGAAGAGGGAGUGUCAACUUGGGAAAGGCGAAGGAGGGGCAUCUACUUUGGUACGGAGUACCAAGCUCCUUGAAGGAAGAGGUCGGUCGUCAGUCUUGUCACAAGAGGAAAGAAGGGAAAGAAUGGCAGGGCAGGAAAAAGCGCCUAACCGCAAAGGUAAGAAAUUUCUCCGCAAUCCGCCCUGAUAAACUAUCCAGCCAGCCCCGUUCUGUCCCGGAACUUGUUCGUAAAUUGUCUGGAUUUGAAGACGGGGGAGAGACUGAAAUAAUGACAGUACACACCCGCCCCAACAAAGCGAAGCGGAAAGAAUAUGGUAGUUGCCCUGACGUGGCAAAAGCUACUAGACUGGCUGAGCUGAGAUGA